UGUUUACAGCGUAGAUCCGCCCGGCCGAACAGCGGCGGCCGGAGGGAGACGGAGUUUGUGCCCCUUGACGAAUGUGGGGGCGCGGUGGCCGCAGAGUCCCCCGUGUUGGCGGUAGACCCCGGGACGGCGGAGCGCCUGGCUCGGCCUGGAGCAAAGCAGAACGAUCGGUUCAGGGAAAGAGCCGGUGGGCGCAGAGAUGGGGGCGGGCAGACCUGGAGCUUCCGCCGCCGCCCUCGCCGCGGGAGCAGGUGAACCAAGGAAAUUUGACCCGAAGUUCAGAGGACCUAUUCAUAACAGGCACUGCACAGAUAUUAUUUGCUGUGUGAUCUUCAUAGUUGUCAUUCUGGGUUACAUUGCAUUAGGAGUUGUGGCUUGGGUGCACGGGGACCCCAGGAAAGUGAUUUAUCCAACUGACAGCUAUGGGCAGUUCUGUGGUCAGAGAGAUACCCUCAAUGAGAACAAGACCAUUUUGUUUUACUUCAACAUCCUGAAAUGUGCCAGCCCCGUAGUGUUAAUAAACCUACAGUGCCCUACAACACAGCUUUGUGUCUCAAAGUGCCCAGACAGGUUUGCAACCUACAUUGAUGUUCAGGCUUCCUACAGAUAUAGACCAGAUCAGUGGAAUUACUUCAGACAGUUCUGCAAACCUGGCUUUAACAAUCCUCGCAAGUCUAUUGCUCAAGUCCUACGCGAUGAAGAUUGUCCUUCGAUGAUCAUUCCAAGCAGGCCUUUUCUGAAGAGAUGCUUCCCAGACUUCUCCACGAAGAAUGGUGUGUUGACCGUGGCAAAUCAGACUACAUUCAAAGAUGGAAGAGGGAAAACAAGAAAUGUAACUGAUCUCAGGGAAGCUGCAAAUGGCAUCAAUAAUGUCCUGGAUGCAAGAUCAGUUGGAAUGAAAAUUUUUGAAGACUAUGCCAUUUCUUGGUAUUGGAUUUUAAUUGGACUGUUCAUUGCAAUGAUGUUGAGUCUGCUGUUCCUUGUGUUAUUGAGGUUCACAGCUGGGGUUCUCUUCUGGAUUUUCAUCUUUGGUGUGAUUGGAAUUAUAGGUUAUGGCAUCUGGCAUUGUUACUGGGAGUAUGAUCAUCUUAAAGGAAUACCUGGAUCUGACCUCACUGUUUAUGAUAUUGGAUUCCAGACAGACUUCAAAGUGUACCUGCAACUGAGGCAAACAUGGUUAGCAUUUAUGAUCAUACUUUGUGGUGUUGAAGUCAUAAUCAUACUGAUGCUGAUCUUCCUAAGAAAUCGGAUUCGGAUUGCUAUUGCACUGUUGAAGGAAGGUAGUAGGGCAAUUGGCUAUAUAAUGUCUACACUGUUCUACCCAAUUGUCACCUUCUUACUCAUUGCAAUUUGUAUUUCCUACUGGGCUGUGACAGCUGUUUUUCUGGCCACAUCCGGAGAACCUGUGUAUAAAGUAAUGGCUAAUCAAACACUGUGCAAGUAUGCAAACCUGACUUGUGACCCAGAGACUUUUAACACAACCAAUGUGACUAAAUUGUGCCCAGGUGCUCAGUGUACUUUUGCUUUUUAUGGAGGAGAAAGCCUGUACCAUAAGUACAUCUUCAUCUUCCAGUUAGCCAAUGCCUUUGUCUUUCUCUGGCUGGUGAACUUUGCAAUUGCACUGGGUCAGUGUACCCUUGCUGGUGCCUUUGCCUCUUAUUACUGGGCUUACAGAAAACCAGCUGAUAUUCCACUGUGGCCACUCUUCUCUUCAUUUGGACGAGCAAUACGAUACCAUACAGGUUCGCUGGCAUUUGGAGCCUUAAUUCUUGCAAUUGUCCAGCUUAUUAGAGUAAUACUGGAAUACCUGGAUCACAAACUGAAAGGUACUCAGAACUCCUUCACUAGAUUCCUACUCUGCUGCCUCAAGUGCUGUUUCUGGUGUUUGGAAAAAUUCUUAAAAUUUAUAAACAGAAAUGCCUACAUCAUGAUUGCCAUAUAUGGUAAAAACUUCUGCACCUCAGCAAAGGAAGCAUUCUUUUUGCUCAUGCGGAACGUGGUGAGGGUUGCAGUUUUGGACAAAGUUACAGACUUCCUUCUAUUUCUGGGGAAAAUCCUUGUUGCUGGUGGUGUAGGUGUUCUUGCAUUCUUUUUCUUCACACAGAGAAUACCAGUCUUUGCACAGGAAGUGCCAAUGCUAAAUUACUACUGGGUACCAUUGUUGACGGUCAUCAUUGGCUCCUACUUAGUUGCACACGGGUUCUUCAGCGUCUAUGCAAUGUGUGUCGACACACUUUUCCUCUGCUUUUGUGAAGACCUGGAAAGAAAUGAUGGAUCUACAGCAAAACCCUACUUCAUGUCAGCUAGCCUCCACCGAAUUCUAGGGAAGAAGAAACUAAGCCCUAAGAAGGCAGCGGGAUAAUGAACACUAAACCUCAACAUCAAAAAGUGUCACUUUUAAGCAAAACGUGUAUAAAGUAGGCAAAAGUAAAAACUGUAAAUGAUGCUUCUGGUUAAUGGGUGAUUCUUUUUUCCUUUUGCUUAUAUAAAAAAAAGAGCAACAUUGGUAACAUUUAACUAGUUUAAAUGCUUAAACUAACAGCUGUGAAAACAAGGCCACAUUUUAGUUUAUAGAGUGCCUAUGAAAAGGAAAAUGUAAAUUUGAAACUUUUAUAAGUGUAUAAUGUUUUAAUAACUUUUGUAAUACAAGUUGCUGCCUUAGAUGACAGCAGUUUUGAUAAUGUUUCUUAUAAGUGUAUAUUUGUAAAAGAAAUCCAGGCAAUUUUUUGAAAGCACUAACGUAUAACCUAAUUAGCCAUAAAAAAAUAUAGUUUGAGACUCCAGUUAACGAGGAGAUGGUACUAAAUUUGUAAAUAUGGUGCUAUGAUUGUAUUUUUUUGUACAAGCUGGUUUGCAGCUAUUUAAACUGUGAUUAUACAUGCAUUAAUGAUUUCCUACACUGAAAAAUGUAGUGAUAUUUUAAUCACAUCCACAACUGCAUCUUUUAAGACAUGAUGGUACCCUGCAGAUCCCAAAGAAGGUAGUCAGAAAAUACUCAAGUUGAUACUGCUUGAGGUGAAGUUUUAUGGGAGUUGUGCUUAAAAGAUUAUAUAACUGAUAGAAGGUCACACUGCAGCUGAAGUGAUUUGUGGUUUACACAAAUGAGGUUUCAUCUGGUACAAGAUGGUGAAUGUAUAAUUUUUAGCUGAUGUCUAAGAGAGAUGCACAUGUGUUAAUAUCCCCCUAACCCUGACAAGUCUCUGAUUGCGUUCUGUGUUACAGGGAGGUUGAGCUUCACGGAAAGGAAAACUAAAUGCAGUCCUUUUUUCGUUGAACGAAAGUCUUCACUCUGUGUGCAUGCACAAGGAGUUCCAUUGCCUCUGCCUAGCUUAGGAGGGCUCCAAGCCAUUGGAAUGACUUUGCAGGUGCAGAGGGCUGGGGCUGCACUUCCUGCACGUCUCCGUGCUCCCAGUGCCUCACACAGUAAGGUACUAGGACAUUGAACUCAAAUCUUCUCGUGGUACAGAAUGAAUUAUUCAACUACUGAAAGAUGCUCUGAAAGAUUUAGUUUGCUUUUUGAUUGUUAAAUUUGCCCAGUCAUUAGUACAAAGUCAUUAAUACACCUGUUGGUAGAAAGCACAUUAACGUUUGGUGGGGUUUGUGACCCUCCCAGUAGUGGAAUUGUCACUGCCAUUAAGUAACAGCUCUGCUGAUGGAAAAGUCUUAACACUGGAGAGUUUAUCAAGUCUGUUACUACCAAGAUGGAGCUAAAAAGGCUUUAAUUUAUUAGUCUCCUGGGGGAGCCAAGGACCCAGCCAUGCUGAGGCCUGCCCCUGUUUUUAAUGGAUUCCAGUGGAUUGAAAAAGUUAUUCCAGUACUUUCCAGGAGUGACAUGUGCCAUACAUUUGCUAGUUCUGUGACAGGAGUUCAGCACCUGGAAAUACUUUUCUAACCCUAGGUGUUCAUUGGUGUCACAAAAAGAAGUGCAAAUUCUUUUUGAGAUGAUUUGAAGGCAAGUUUCUGGGGAAAGUUUACUGACCAUCUACAUCCCAAUGGGAUUUUGCUGUCUAACUUACAGCUCUGGUUUGUGAUGUCUCUGAUCACUGCAAAGGCAGUAAUACUGUCCCUCAUGCCAUGGGUCUGGGGUCAUGUUGAUGCACAAGUGACUGCCAUCCAUACCCUUGCAGUCAUGGGCAUGGUACGAUCUUGAAAUUCAGUGACCUGAGGUGCAGGUGGGAGUAUCCUUGUAAGCUUUCUCUUUGGUCCAAUGUAUGCUGGAGCCUUUUCCCUGCAGCAAAAAUGAGGAGUUCAGUUUAGGACUCCAGUAAUGUAAAAUAAAGGCAUAUGGUUUCAAAUAUAGCUACUGAUUAUAGGCAGCUUGAGAUUUUGGUAACCACUCCUGAGAUACCCUAGAGGAAACUUGACUUUUAGAAAGGACUGGGAAUUCCACCUUUGGGAAAAAGAAAGGACUCCCGAGAGAUUAAGUUUUUCAUCAUUGUCAUCAUCAUCAUUCCUUUCUCAUUAUGUGCAUGGUAUGGAUUACACACACACACACACCCUCCCCAUGAUUCUAAUAUUUUUUGAGAAUGAAGUCAGUAACUUUUGGGGGUAUGUGUAACCAUUCUGUGAUUAAAGAAGCUGUUGAUCUUGUUACAAUCCAUGUUUUAAAGCUUUUUUUUUUUUUUUAAUACUAAUGAUUAAUUUUCAGCUAAAGAAACUGCAUUACAUCAUCUAUAUUUCUACUCAACUUGAGUGUCUUACUGGGAGCUCAAUUGAAAAAGCAUAUUUCUGAAUAUAGCUUGCUUUUUAUCAUAUGAAUGUAACCACAGAGUUUACUAGGAAUAAAACUUAAUAGGAAAUAGUAUACAGUUAUUUGAUUAGAAAACUUUUGUAACAAACCUAUGCAUUUACUAAAGGAAUUUCUAAAAGUGAAAGUUUUAAAUUGUAUUAUUAUUUAUAUAUGGUAAAAAUUAUAUAUAUGUAUAAGUUUGCUCCUCUCACUAUUUUGUGAAAGUAUUUAGAAUGUAACUGAUCAUCAUUUUUGAGAAGAAAAUUUAAAAGCCAUUUUCUUACGAUGUAAUUGUGAGAACUGUGAAAAUACGAAGCAAUACCAUGUAGAUUUUGUAAUCAAUAAAUUCAGUAAGUAGAAAUUAUUUAAUAUUAAAAUUGGCUUUCUAGAAAUAAAUUACAAAUAAUUAGUCAAAAUAAUACAAAUAUUUACUUGGGAAAGGUUCGCCUAAGAUAUUUGAAGACUAUCUUAUUAUAAUGGUUCCUAAUUAAUCCUGUGGGCCAGAGUCUGCAGAUGCACACCACAGAGGAGGUACUAAUAUUGACGUUUUUGGAUUUGGACUUUUACUUUGUUGCUUGCUUUAAUAUGAAAUGAAAAAUUGCUUUUUUUACUGUGGAGAGUGGAACGCAGUCAAACAUGCCGUGUGCUUUGCUGCUGAGCCCGCCAGGGCUGGUGGCACAGUGGCACCAGUGCAGCAGGUGAGCCCGCCAGGGCUGGUGGCGCAGCGGCACCAGUGCAGCAGGGCCGCGGGGUCAGUGCUCGCGGGCGCAGGGAUGCAGGCGUGGGAGGCCAGACCAGCAGCUCCUGAGCUGCCCAGGGCAUGCCAGGGUCGGGCCAGGCGCCUUCUACCUGCCAGGACCUGUGGAAAGCAGGUGGAUCUGAAGAGAGACCCUUUUACAUGAGCAGAAAAAUAAACAUUCUCUAAAUCACAAACAAGCAGAAUGCAGAAACGAAGACAGUAGAAAACACCUGCUAUCACAUCCAUGUGAUCAUGUUUGUUUAGUUUGGUUUGGAUUCACUGUAUCUCCCUAAAGCAUAUUACUGAACGGCUUUCAUUUACGUGUUUUAUACCAAAGUUUUAAUGUCAAGCCUUCAAAUUUUGUAAGAACAAAAAAAAAAAAAAAAAAAAAAAAAAAACACAAAAAAAAAAACCCCACAAAAAAAACCCCCACCACCACAAAAAAACCAACAAAAAACCACCACACACACACACACAAAACCAUCAAAACAAACAAAAAAACCCCCGUGGAAACAAAACACAGAAACAAGAAGAUAGAAUCAUUUCUUCUGAUGAGGACUUUUUUUCCAAACAGUAUUCAGCAGAUGAUUCUUGGGUGAUCCAAGGAUGCUGAAUAUUCCUUUAAAUGUUAGUAUUCUAUGAAAUAUUUCACUAUUGCAUGUUCUGCUGUAGAACAGGAUAAAUAUUUUGGUGGAUGCAAUGUCAGGCUGAUUCUUCAAUUGUCAGUAAGUGUUCUUCCACAAAUGGGCUGUCAGAGAAAUGGUUAUGAAGAAUAAACUGACUGGUUUUGAAUUACCCAGAAUGUCUCCCUUUGACCAGCCUGGACAGCUGUAUCCUUGCAGACAAAGUGCCUUACUGGCUGUUACUUUACCUGGAUUACAUUUCGAAAUUCAUUUAUACCGUGUAGACUACAAAACAGAAAAGGCUAGAAAGGAAAACCAACACUUUAUUUCAAAUUGACUAACAAAAAAUCAACUGUAGUAAGGAUGUCAGGUGUGUUUGUACUGUGUGAUGCAGCACACUGUUGCUGUUGAGAGAUUAUGAAAAUUGAUGGUGUGGUCCAGGAGAAAAUGUAACAAUAGUGUUGCAAAUAAAUGAAAACAGUGCAAGACUGUUCCAUUUUUAUACAGUAGAUUUUUAAAAUAGCUUUAAUUUGUGAUAUUGUGGACUUCUGAGUAGGCCCUAUUCUGCUUUCUGUUUACAAUGAUCAUGUGUAUUGUAGCUGUGUAACUGUGGGUAGAACUGGGCUCUUGCUACUUACAACACAAGAAGUAAAGCUAAAAAUUACGUAUAUAUUACUGUAAUGCAUCUAUUUGUGUGUUUAUAAGCAUAAGGUUCCUUCUCCAUUUCAAGACUGAUAAUUUCUUAUUCUGGAACCGUUUUAUAAAUUGUUCUAAAUUUUUAAACUUUUGAUACAGGCAAUGAUUUUUGGGGUAAUUUGUAAUUUGUACUGCACUGUAAACAAUUGAAAAUGAGUGUUUCUUCAUGUUCAAGUAAUACUAGUGCUAUUAGUAUUAAAAUUGUCUGUUACCCUAUGCUACAAAAUGUCCACAUGCAUUUGUCCCAAAUAAUGAGUUUUAAAGCCAUACAAAUGGCUCUUUGAGGUUUAAGAAACGAAAGGUAGGUUUUAUUAAUAUGAUUCUUAAGAUCGUAAUGUUUUGUCAAAACCGAAUUAACACGAGCAUGAUGAUUUGAGCUCUAAAUCCUGUUGCUUCUGCUAUGCAGAAAUAGAAUCCUAUUGUUUAAGUAUCUUUGAUAACGGAAGUGCUUAAUUCUGAUUCACAGUUGUUGGGGAUUGUUCUAAUAAAGAUUUCGAUACAA